UGGCAAAGCUUAUCGGGGGCUCUUCUUUCGUCUGUCCAUUUUCGUCACAAGCAGACUCACCGUACAGGGCGAAGCUACGCGGAAGGCGCCGGCCAACACCAAAGGCUCCUCCGAGGACGCGUCUGAGCGUCUCGUCUCCUGUCCUGCACUCCCCACCUGCUUCACCAGUUAGCCAGUUGCCGAAGCGAGCGCCAGAGCACGAGGCCGGCAAUGGCGCGCUCGACGCCCCCCUUCCUCCUCCUCCUCCUCUUCGUCCUCGUCGCCGCCGCCGCGGCAGCCUCGGACUCGGAGGAGCGCCCGCGCGUCACCCCCACCUUGGUCCAGUGCCACCCGCCGCACGCGCAGGCAACCGCCAACGCCAGCAGCGCCAAGAACGCCACGGCAUUCCGCGCCAACGUGGUCUCCCUCCUCCGCGCCCUCCCCUCCGCCGCCGCGCCCACGGGCUUCGCGUCCCUGCGGUCCGCCGGAGUGGUCGGACGCGACGCCGCGUUCGUCCGCGGGCUCUGCUUCGGGUACGCCACGCCGUCCCAGUGCCGCUCGUGCCUGGCCGCCGCGGCCAGGAAGCUCACCGACGCCUGCGGUGCCCGCGGCCGGCGCGCCGGCGUCUGGACGGACGCCUGCUUCGCCUCCUACGCCGACGCGAACGCAUCCUCGCCCAGGUACGACGGCUUCCGCGCGCGCAUCAUCUCCGGCGCCGACGCGCUCAUCACCAGCACCUCCUACGAGCUGCUGAGCCUCGCCGACCUGGCGUGGCGCAUGGGGCAGGUCGCGGCCAUCAACUCGGGGAUGCAGGUGGCCGUGGACUGGAUCGCCUCGGCGAGCGACUACAAGAAGAACAGCACGGUGCGCGUGCUGGCGGAGUGCGCGCGGGACCGCACGCCGGCGGAGUGCGCGUGGUGCGUCCAGUACUCGGCGCGGGUGGCGGAGACCUGCGAGUGGUCCUGGUGCCCCGGGCAGUCGGCGCGGGCGGGGGACACCUGCUGCUGGGGCCUCGACGCGUGGCGCGACGGCGUGGCGGGCGCCGUCGUCGGCUUCGACUGCUACCUGCGCUUCGACGUCGCCGUCGCCGUCGCCACCGUCACUUCCACUGCGCCGGCGCGGGUGCCCCCGCUCAAAAGGCUCGGGAAGCUGAUGAACGAUCAUCCUUUCGUCACCGCGGUGUUCGUCGGCGGCGGGCUGGCCGUGGCAGCAUUCUAACGGAAAUACAAAGUUGCAGGGCCGGCGGCCGUCGGCGGCGGGCUCGGCGAUCGAUCUGCACUGCAGCAACAACAUACUCCAGUAACCAAGUCUGUAAAUAAUUAAGCAUUCGUGCACUAAGUAGCAGCAGCAGCAGUAUGUCUUCGGAAUCCAGGAACGAGCCUCGGCGACUUCAAACUUAAUUCGUGCUUGCAGAUCUCUUAUAUAGAAGAGAAACUUAAGUAUUGAACCUUUAAUCCUUGAUCCACCAUUGGGCCCAUGCUACCAUAUAUUGGAGAAAAUCGCGAUCUUAUUCUCAGCUAUGAAGUUAACAUGCAGUAAUAUGUGAGUUGCCACUUGCCAUACUGUUUACACACUGCUUUGGGCUCCAAAUCCCAAAACUUAUCUCAGUUAGGUGUUGUCAUUUUGUUGCCAAGCUAUUUAUGUGUGAGUUACCGGGCUA